AUGCCUUCGUAUGUGAAAACGACUAAGCACAGCAACCACAAACAGCUCCAAGGAAGCGUCCCUUUGGCACCACUCCAGAAGCAGUUCAUUCUUACCAUCAACUCUCACUGCACCCAUCGCAGCACCCUUCGCAUCCUGUUUUCACCUUUCCAUACACGUGAUACCUCUCGCGCUCCAGGGCUGGACCCUAACGACUGCUUUCGAAAAAAAUUCGUUUGGGUUUGGGACGACUCCCUCCCUCCUAAGAGAAACUCUCCCCAAGCGCGCAGGUGUGGGAAAAUUAUGAAAAACAUAUUGAAAAGUAAAAGUCAACUAGCUGUUUCUAAAGAAGAUUUGAAUCAAUAG